AUGAGUUAUACAGUGCCGCAAAUGCUUAUCAGAAGCUCUCUUCAAAGGGGGUUACAGUAUAAUGCAACUAGACAGUAUUCCGAUUUCUUGAGAGACCUUCCGAAAGUCGGAGGGGUGUCUAGAUUCGGUAAGAAGAAGGUGCCACCUGCGACUUCAUAUACAAAAGCGGUGCAAGCACCAGCGGCGACAUCUGAUGCUCAGAAGAAGCCAACGCAGAAUCGAACACAACAAAGACCGAAGGCUCAAGCACAGGCAAAGACGCAGGCGAAGACUCAGGCCCAGAAUCAAGCACAAGGACAAGCGAGAUCACAGAUCUCUUUAGGAAACAGGUUUGCCAAUAAGUAUACCAAUGCUCGCGCUCUGAGUGGAAAUACGAAUCAGCUAAGUGCAUACGAAAGAGCAAAGGAGGAGUUGAAGAAAGUGCAACAAAAAAAUAGUAAGGCAAAGCCUGCUUUGAAAGGGAAGAAUCCUGCUUAUGGGAGGAAAGCCAGUACAAAGAAGGAAGUUGCUAAAAUCAAUAUAGCCAUCCCCACAUUCGUGACGGUCUCCAAUCUCGCCAGUAUAAUGGGAGUCUAUCUUAACGACUUACUUAAAAAAUUGGAAGAGUUGGGAUUUGAAGACAUGAGACACGAUUAUAUUUUAGAUAAAGAGAAUGCAUCAUUGAUUGCAGAUGAAUUUGGUUUCCAAGUAACCAUGAAUGACGACUUGGGGGCUGAUCUAUUUCCUGCUGAAGUCGUUGCAGACAAAUUGAAGCCCAGAGCACCUAUCGUAACAAUAAUGGGCCACGUUGAUCAUGGAAAAACCACGAUUUUAGAUAAUUUAAGAAAAUCAUCCAUUGUGGAUAAAGAGCAUGGUGGGAUUACUCAACAUAUUGGUGCUUUUUCAGUGAUUACCCCAAUCUCCAAGAAGAAGAUUACAUUCUUAGAUACCCCUGGCCAUGCCGCUUUCUUGAAGAUGCGUGAGAGGGGUGCCAAUAUAACUGAUAUUGUCAUUUUAGUUGUUGCAGCAGAUGAUUCAGUUAUGCCUCAAACCAUUGAAGCUAUCAAACAUGCCAAGAAGUCCGGAGUUCCAAUUAUUGUAGCCAUCAAUAAAUGUGAUAAACCUACUGCCAACCCAGAUAAGGUUGUUGCAGAUGUGUCAAGUCAUGGUAUUGAAGUAGAAGACUACGGUGGAGAUACCCAAACUGUGAGAGUUUCAGGAAAGACUGGCUUGAAUAUGGAUAAAUUGGAAGAAUCUGUCAUUACCUUAAGCGAAUUAUGUGAUUUACAAGCAGAACCAACUGGUGUCCCUGCUGAAGGUUGGGUCAUUGAAUCUGAAGUGAAAAAGGGACUAGGUAAUGUUGCCACUGUUUUGGUGAAGCGUGGAACUAUGAAAACUGGAAGUUUUAUAGUUGCAGGUGAAACGUACUGUAAAAUUAGAGGAAUGAGAGACGAACUGGGCAAACAAAUCAAAGUUGCUGGCCCAUCGACCCCUGUUGAAAUUUGGGGCUGGAAAGAAUUACCUGGUGCUGGGGAUGAAGUAAUUGAGAGUAAAACUGAACAAUUUGCCAAGAAGGUCAUUGAAAACAGAACAGCUAGAGGGAAACAGAUACAAGCUUCUAAAGACAUCGAAUUGAUCAAUGCCAAAAGGAAACUGGAUUUGAGAGAAGCUGAAAGACAGGACAAAUUAAAUGAACUAAAAUUGGCUGGACUAGACAUCAAUGACUUGAGAGAUAGCGACUUGGAAGAUCUUGGCGGUGCUGAUGAAUCCAAGGACAAGUGUAAGAAGAUGAAUUUCAUAAUUAAAUCUGAUGUUUUUGGAUCGGCUGAGGCUAUCAAGGAGAGUAUCAAUGGGCUAGGUAAUGACGAGGUCAAGGCUGUAGUUGUAUUUGAAGAAGCUGGCUUGCCCACUGAUAAUGACCUCGAUAGAGCUGAAGCUGCAAAUGCCCAGAUCCUUUGUUUUAACAUUAAAGUUGGGAAAGAUAUUCAGGCAAAGGCUGCACAAAGAAAUAUUGAGAUCAAAGAGCAUAAUGUUAUAUACCAUCUUAUUGAAGACGUCACAAAAGUACUUACAGAUCAAUUAGCACCUCGUAUCGAAAGAAAAUUUUUAGCUGAAAUCGAUGUUAGAGAUAUCUUUACGAUUACGGGCAGAAAUAAGAACAAAUUCAAAAUUGCUGGUUGUAUGGUGGCUACAGGAUUGAUUAAGAGAACUUCCCUCGUAUUGGUAGAGAGAAAAGGAAAGGAAGUAUUUAAAGGUAAGUUAUCAUCUUUAAAGCACGUCAAGGACGAUGUUAACGAAGUGAAGAAGGGUUCUGAGUGUGGUAUACAAUUAGAAGGUUGGGAAGAAUUUGAAAAGGGCGAUGUAAUCAAAGUUUAUGAAGAGGUGGUACACCCAAGGUACUUGUAA